AAUAAUAAUAAUAAUAAUAAUAAUAAUAAUAAUAAUAAUAAUAAUAAUAAUAAUAAUAAUAAUAAUAAUAAUAAUAAUAAUAAUAAUAAUAAUAAUAAUAAUAAUAAUAAUAAUAAUAAUAAUAAUAAUAAUAAUAAUAAUAAUAAUAAUAAUAAUAAUAAUAAUAAUAAUAAUAAUAAUAAUAAUAAUAAUAAUAAUAAUAAUAAUAAUAAUAAUAAUAAUAAUAAUAAUAUUAAUAAUAAUAAUAAUAAUAAUAAUAAUAAUAAUAAUAAUAAUAAUAAUAAUAAUAAUAAUAAUAAUAAUAAUAAUAAUAAUAAUAAUAAUAAUAAUAAUAAUAAUAAUAAUAAUAAUAAUAAUAAUAAUAAUAAUAAUAAUAAUAAUAAUAAUAAUAAUAAUAAUAAUAAUAAUAAUAAUAAUAAUAAUAAUAAUAAUAAUAAUAAUAAUAAUAAUAAUAAUAAUAAUAAUAAUAAUAAUAAUAAUAAUAAUAAUAAUAAUAAUAAUAAUAAUAAUAAUAAUAAUAAUAAUAAUAAUAAUAAUAAUAAUAAUAAUAAUAAUAAUAAAAAUAAUAAUAAUAAUAAUAAUAAUAAUAAUAAUAAUAAUAAUAAUAAUAAUAAUAAUAAUAAUAAUAAUAAUAAUAAUAAUAAUAAUAAUAAUAAUAAUAAUAAUAAUAAUAAUAAAAAUAAUAAUAAUAAUAAUUAUUAUAAUAAUAAUAAUAAUAAUAAUAAUAAUAAUAAUAAUAAUAAUAAUAAUAAUAAUAAUAAUAAUAAUAAUAAUAAUAAUAAUAAUAAUAAUAAUAAUAAUAAU